AUGUUGACACAUGUGGAUACAAGGCCAGAUGGUCCUUCCUCAUCAGAUCCUUCCACCUCCAGUCAGCAGGCACGAGUAGCAGCAUCUCUGGUCGCUCCUCUUACAAUCAAGGAAGACCAUGUUCCCAGAUUGGUCAUCUCGAAAAUGGUCCUAGUUAAUUUCAAAUCUUAUGCUGGGCGAAUCGAAGUCGGUCCUUUCCAUAAAUCAUUUACAUCUGUUGUCGGACCUAAUGGAUCUGGAAAGUCGAAUGUCAUUGAUGCUCUGCUGUUUGUGUUUGGAUUCAAGGCCAAAAAGAUGCGUCAAGGAAAACUAUCGGAGCUCAUUCACAACUCUUCUGAAUUCCAAGAUUUGGAGAGUUGUUCGGUCGAAGUCCAUUUUCAAGAAAUCAAGGACUUGCCUGGACCUGAUGCCUUCGAAGUCAUACCCAAUUCUACUCUGAUUGUCUCUCGACAGGCUGAUAAAAACAAUUCAAACACGUAUCGAGUCAAUGGCAGGACCAGCAGCUACAAGGAAGUCACCACUAUGCUCAAAAAGUUUGGAGUUGACUUGGAUCACAAGAGAUUCUUGAUUCUACAGGGCGAAGUUGAAUCAAUCGCUCAAAUGAAGCCAAAGGCUCAAACCGAACAUGAGGACGGCUUAUUGGAAUAUCUGGAAGAUAUUAUCGGUACCUCAGUGUACAAACAACCUAUAGAAGAUGCCAAUGUAAAGCUAGAACAGAUGAAUGAAGAAAGAUCUGAAAAGUUGAAUCGAGUGAAGUUGGUCGAGAAGGACAAGAAAGCUCUAGAGGGCAAGAAAGAUGAAGCCUUAGGGUUUCUCAAGAUGCAAAAUGCUCUUGCAAAGCGAAAGAAUGAACUCUUUCAAUUGCAAAUUUCUGACUUGGAGAGUGAUAUAGAGACAUUGCACGUCACCAUGGGAGAAUUGCAAACAACUUUGGAUGCUCAACGAGCAAAGUAUGCUGACUUGGACAAGGAAGUUAAUGAACUUGAACCAAAGGCUGCUGCAAUGACUGCUGAGCAUGAGGCAAUGCGCAAGAAAACCUCUGAAGUAGAAAAGGAAUUGGCCAAGUUUGAUCGAGCUGAAGUCGAGUGCCAAGAGAAAUCAAAACAUCUGAAAGACAAAGAAAAGAAACUGACGAAAGCCAUCAAAUCCGAAAUCUUGACUCGCUCUGAACAUGAGACUUGGAUAAAUAACUUUGAAGCUGAUAUCGACAAGCAGAACAAGGAAGCAGAGCAAUUAAAUCAGAGGUUGCAGCAGGAGCAAACAGAGCUCGACAACAUUCGGGAUGGACUUCGAGACAAAACUGCUGGUUUCCAACAAGAGAUUGAUACCAAAAUGCAAGAACUAGCACCAUGGCAGACAAAGAUCAAUACUUCGCAAGCAGCUUUACAUGUAGCCCAGCAAGAGCAUAAAUUAUUGACUGAAAAGACUAAUGCUGCAGCCACUCGUGUAUCAGAUGCUGAGAAAGUAUUGGCUCAACACGUGGCGGGAGUACGAGUCAAGGAAACUGCUCUGGUCGAUUCACAGACAGCUCUGACAUCAAACAAGCACCGCGUGACGGAAUUCGCUGACUUGCUCAAAGAUAUCGUGUCAGACGAAGAGCAAAAGAGGAAGAGUUUGGCGACUUCUCGACAAAAAGUAGAAGAAUCUCGAGCUUUGAUGCAGCAGUCUCAGUCAAAAUCAAAUGUUUUGACUAGUCUAUUCAAGGAGAGAGACUCGAAACGUAUACCUGGCAUUCGUGGUCGUUUGGGUGACCUGGGCGUGAUUGAUGACAAGUACGAUAUCGCUGUCACCAAUGCGUGUAAACACUUGGAUUGUGUUCUCAGCGACACUCUCGUCGAUUCUGAAAAAGGUGUAGAACACUUGAAGAAAACCAAUGCAGGACGAGCCACGUUUAUAUCCCUCAACAAGAUCCCCGAAUAUGCUGUUGAGAUGGAACCGAUCAAAACACCUGAAGAUGUACCACGACUCUUUGAUCUUAUUCGACCCAAAGAUGCCAAGGCCAGAAUCGCCUUUUAUCACUCUCUAAAAAACACUCUAGUCGUAAAGGAUCUUGAUCAAGGCAACCGUAUCAACAGCGGUCAACAACGACAUCGUAUUGUCACUCUCACUGGACAACUUAUUGAGCUCAGUGGAGCCAUGACUGGUAGUGGUGCGAGACAGCCUAAACGUGGUGGUAUGAGCUCAAAGUUUAAGGGAGACAAUGUCUCACCUGAGCAUUUGGCUGCUCUGCAACAGAAACAGACUACCAAUGAAGCUGAAUGGAAAACGGCUGUAGAAAAUAAACGUCUCGCUGAAUCAGAACUUGAGAAACUUCAAAAUGAAAUGCCGGCUCUAGAGCUUGCCAUUUCCAAAGCUACUAUGGAUGUAGAUUCAGUCAAAAAGAUGGUUGUUGAUGCUCAGAAGCAUCUAAAAACUCUCCAGUCUGAAGACAACAAGGCAGAUCAGAAUGAUGUUAUUCGUAUAAAGCAGCUCGACACCGAUAUCCAGAACCACAAAAAGGAAUUAGCAAAUUUGAAAACCUCUUCCUCGGCCAUCGAAGCUGCCAUACAAAAGCUUCAAGAGAAGAUCUUAGAAGUUGGUGGUGUUCGACUCAAGAGUCAAAAGGCCAAAGUUGACUCUGUACAGAUGCAAAUUGACAUGGCAUCAGAUCGACUCACCAAGACAGCAGCAGAACGUACAACCCGAGAACGAAAUUUGGUAAAAGUGCAAAAGAGUAUUGCCAAGAAGGAAGAAGAGCUCGCUGAAGCUGCUGAGGAAUUGGCUGUCGUCGUCAAAGAUUUGGAAUCUCAUUCGGCGUCCGCUGUUGAACUUCGCGGGAAGGUUGCUGAAGCGAAGGAGGCAUUGGAAGCCAAGACUGAAGAGCUUGCUGAUAUCAAGAAAUUACUUAAUGAGAAGACCAAAGUGGUCAACAAGAUGCGGUCUGAAGAGGUUGAAUUCAAAGCUCAAGUAGAUGAGUGCAAACUCAAGCUGAAGGGCAAUCAGAAUGGAAUCGCGUAUUAUAGGAAGGAAUUGAAUUCGUUGAAGCUGCAACCCACUGGAUUUGAAGAUGACGAUGAGCCAGAAGAUUCGCUGGACAUACUCACUGUUGAACAGCUGGAGGCAUUGGACGUGAAACAAAUCAAGAAAGAAGUAGAGGCACUGACUGAGAAAAUAACUGCUGCCAAGCCCAAUCUAUCCGUGUUGAAUGAAUACAGACAACGUUUGCACGAUUACUUGGCUCGAGCCAAAGACUUGGAAGACUUUACUGCUCGACGUGAUGCAGCCAAGACCGAGUAUGAUGAUCUUCGAAAGAAAAGGUUGGACGACUUUAUGGCUGGAUUCAAUCUCAUUUCACUCAAGCUCAAGGAGAUGUAUCAGAUGAUUACUAUGGGCGGUAAUGCAGAACUUGAGCUUGUGGACAGUCUUGAUCCCUUCUCAGAAGGCAUACUGUUCAGUGUGAUGCCACCCAAGAAGAGUUGGAAGAACAUUUCAAACUUGUCUGGUGGUGAAAAGACAUUGAGCUCUCUGGCACUUGUCUUUGCCCUUCAUCACUUCAAACCCACACCACUGUACGUGAUGGACGAAAUCGAUGCAGCUCUGGAUUUCAGGAAUGUGUCAAUAGUCGCCAAUUACAUCAAGGAGAGAACCAAGAAUGCUCAGUUCGUGAUUAUCAGUCUUCGAAACAAUAUGUUUGAGCUUGCAGAUCGUCUGGUUGGUAUAUACAAGACUGAUGAUACCACCAAGAGUAUCACAAUCAAUCCUGCUUCAAGCCAAACAACAAGGGAAGCAGGAGAUAUUAGAGCGCUGGCGACUCUAGACGAGCCUCGGCUGCCACGGCAAGAAGCAACAGAGACCACACCGCUUAUCUUAACGAAUGGAAAUGCCAACAUUCAUCACACCAAGGCUGAAUCCUUCUACACCAAGGUCCAAUCCUUUUACAGCAAGAUCCAAUCCCUAUUAAGCAACAAGAGCGUGUAUGGACUAUUUCUGAUAUUGGUUAUCGUGGUGCUAUGGACGAGUAGCUCAUUCGUAACUCAGCAUAUCUAUGAGUCUGGAUUUGCCAAACCUUAUUUCCUUACAUAUGCAAACACCGCAUCCUUCGCCCUGUAUUUGAUUCCGGCCAUCUGGAUGAGACAGCGGCGGAAGAAGCAGCUUGCAAUUGUGGAGAAUGGAGUAAUACCAUCAUCCACGUCACCGACGUCACCUACUGAUAUAGAAGUAGAUGUGCACGAUGAUGAUGGGUUAGAGCCUAUGGGGAUAUGGCAAACGGCGAGAAUAUCGGUCAUGUUCUCGCUGUUGUGGUUUGCUGCAAACUUAACGCAAGCAGCAUCUCUAAAAUUCACUGAAGUCGGGACAUCAACAGUAUGUUCCUCGACGAGUGGGCUAUUUACAUAUCUGAUUGGACUUGCUUUUCGGAUACCGGGCGAGCAUUUCUCGGGGUUGAGAUCUCUUGGAGUGCUGAGUAGUCUGUUUGGAGUUGCGCUUGUAUCUCUGGCGGAUACGCCAUUUGGAGAGAUACCCGAGCAAGAUGAGAUUAUUGGUGAUAGUUUAGCUCUUUUUGGAGCGUUUGCGUAUGCCGUAUACUCAAUCCUCCUAAAACGAGCAGGCUCAAAAAACAAGAUUGACCCAUUCUUCUUUUUCGGAUUUGUCGGACUCUUUUCCAUAAUUAUCUACUCUCCCGUAUUCAUAGUCUUGCACGUAACUCAACUCGAGGUCUUUGAAUGGCCGUCGCCUAUAAUAUUGGUCUAUAUAGUCUUUAAUUCGUUUCUGGGGACUUUUCUAUCGGACUAUGUGUGGAUGCAGGCUGUUUUGGUCACUAGUGCUACAGAGGUGACGGUCGGCUUAACGCUUACUAUACCCUUGGCUAGUCUUGGUGAUAUCGUAAUACAGGGUAGGGAACUGUCUUUAAUGUAUAUAGGAGGCGCGGCUCUCUGUGUUUUAGGGUUCACAGCAGUCGCAAAAAUAUGA